CGCCAAAAUAUUGCGGGAGAAUUGAGCUCACAACAAGCUGAAUAAGAUUAGCCUUUAGCCUUAGCUUUGACGCUUAGUACUCUGCUUUGUCUGAUUACAAAAUAAAGAAUCACUAACACAACUUUAGCCGAAGAGACGCAAUGCGGACAUUAGAGGAGGUUCAGAACACGCUACAAAUCGCCAAGUUGAAGGAAGAGGAUCUUCACCCUGUAACACACUGUCUGUCAUUCAGCAGCAAUGUUUCCUCUGGAGAUUACUGUCUCAUGGAACUGGACGACACACUGUGUAAACACAUCGAAGCAGGAAGGAGUCUCACAAUCAGAGGAGACAAGGAUGAGCAUGCUGUCCUGUGCAGUGAAGACAAGACCUUUGACCUGAAAAUAGCAGAUACGUCUAAUUUGUUGCUGUUUGUACCAGGAUGUAUUACUCCAGAGCAUCUCUCUGAGAGUGCAUCAGAGCCGAAGCUAAUUCAUGCCCAGAUAUGGGGUUAUGCUAACAGUUACUGGGAGCUGAGAUGUCAACGACCAAAGUUAAAGAAAGUCAAGAAGCUGCUUAUGGAGAACCCAUACAAUGGCCCACCGAUCGGUGCACAGAAAGAGUCUCCAGAGUUCAACAAGUAUACGAUGGAAGAACUUCUAGAAAGGAUUCAAGGAAGCCGAGAGGAGAUUGAGGCCUACCUUCAAGGAAUCCAUGCAUGUAAAAUUGAUGGAUACUGGCGAAUUUUGGAUUUUGAUUACGAGCUGAAGCUCCUGGGUCAUGUGACUCAGUUGGUGGAUUCAGAGUCAUGGUCUUUCAGUAAAGUGCCUCUCAGUGUGUGUCUGGAGGAGCUGGCGCCUUUGGAGCCUAAAGCAAUGAUAGAGCACUGCCUCAACUGUUACGGAAGACGGUAUAACACUGAAGAUGGAGAGGUGAUGUAUGAGCUGGAUGAGGAUAAAGUGUGCAGGGCCAUGGCUCAAAUGUUGCUGCAGAAUGCUGUUAAGUUCAACCUGCUCGAGUUUCAGGAAGUGUGGCAGCAGAGCGUUCCUGAGGGCAUGAGCACCCGUCUAGACCAGCUCAGCGGCUUGGCUCUGGUAGACUGCACCUCUAGGCCAGAGACCAUCUCACUGUUGCGAGUAGAGGAUUUGCCUGAGGACACACUGGAGCGCUUUAACGCUCUCUUUGCUAUGAGGGAGAAGUGGACACAGCAGGACAUAGAGCCCUAUAUACGGGAUCUGUGUGGAGAAAAGCAAACAACCGGAGCUCUGCUGACUAAACACGCUCGCUCCUCCAUGCAGAACGGGAUAAAAGUCUACAACUCAAGAAGACCAGUUCCAACAUGACAUAUAAUUUCACUUCUCUUUUUCUAAGACUCAAAUGUUUGUUUCCUCCUUUUUGUACUUUUACAUAUAAUGUAUU